GCGGUUCCGCGGCCCGGCACGUGUCUUAGGGUAGCGCGCGCCUGUCUCUCUUCGGGUCUCGGCCCCUUGGGCGCAGCGGGGCGCGCGCCAUGGCGAAGGCGAAGAAGGUCGGGGCGCGAAGGAAGGCCUCCGGGGCGCCGGCGGGAGCGCGAGGGGGCCCGGCGAAGGCCAACUCCAAUCCGUUCGAGGUGAAAGUUAACAGGCAGAAGUUCCAGAUCCUGGGCCGGAAGACGCGCCACGACGUGGGGCUGCCCGGGGUGUCUCGCGCACGGGCCCUCAGGAAGCGUACACAGACUUUACUAAAAGAGUACAAAGAAAGGGAUAAGUCCAAUGUAUUCAGAGAUAAACGCUUCGGAGAAUACAACAGCAACAUGAGCCCUGAGGAGAAGAUGAUGAAGAGGUUUGCUCUGGAACAGCAGCGACAUCAUGAGAAAAAAAGCAUCUACAAUCUAAAUGAAGAUGAAGAAUUGACUCAUUAUGGCCAGUCUUUGGCAGACAUCGAGAAGCAUAAUGACAUUGUGGACAGUGACAGCGAUGCUGAGGAUCGAGGAACAUUGUCUGCUGAGCUGACUGCUGCCCACUUUGGAGGAGGCGGUGGGCUCCUUCACAAGAAGACUCAACAGGAAGGCGAGGAGCGGGAGAAACCGAAGUCCCGGAAAGAGCUGAUUGAAGAGCUCAUUGCCAAGUCAAAACAAGAGAAGAGGGAGAGACAAGCUCAACGAGAAGAUGCCCUCGAGCUCACGGAGAAGCUAGACCAAGACUGGAAAGAAAUUCAGACUCUCCUGUCCCACAAAACUCCCAAGUCAGAGAACAGAGACAAAAAGGAAAAACCCAAGCCCGAUGCAUAUGACAUGAUGGUUCGCGAGCUUGGCUUUGAAAUGAAGGCGCAGCCCUCUAACAGGAUGAAGACGGAGGCAGAAUUGGCAAAGGAAGAGCAGGAGCGCCUCAGGAAGCUGGAGGCUGAGAGACUUCGAAGAAUGCUUGGAAAGGAUGAGGAUGAAAAUGUUAAGAAACCAAAACAUAUGUCAGCAGAUGAUCUGAAUGAUGGCUUCGUGCUAGAUAAAGAUGACAGGCGUUUGCUUUCCUACAAAGAUGGAAAGAUGAAUGUCGAGGAAGAUGUCCAGGAAGAGCAAAGCAAGGAAGCCAGUGACCCUGAGAGCAACGAGGAAGAAGGUGACAGUUCAGGCGGGGAGGACACAGAGGAGAGCGACAGCCCAGAUAGCCACUCGGACCUGGAAUCCAACGUGGAGAGUGAGGAAGAAAACGAGAAGCCAGCAAAAGAGCAGAGGCAGACUCCUGGGAAAGGGUUGAUAAGCGGCAAGGAAAGAGCUGGAAAAGCUACCAGAGACGAGCUGCCCUACACGUUCGCAGCCCCUGAAUCCUAUGAGGAACUGAGAUCUCUAUUGUUAGGAAGAUCGAUGGAAGAGCAGCUUUUGGUGGUGGAGAGAAUUCAGAAGUGCAACCACCCGAGUCUCGCAGAAGGAAACAAAGCAAAAUUAGAAAAGCUGUUUGGCUUUCUUUUGGAAUACGUUGGCGAUUUGGCUACAGAUGACCCACCAGACCUCAGAGUCAUUGAUAAGUUGGUUGUGCACUUAUAUCAUCUUUGCCAGAUGUUUCCUGAAUCUGCAAGUGACGCUAUCAAAUUUGUUCUCCGAGAUGCGAUGCAUGAGAUGGAAGAAAUGAUUGAGACCAAAGGCCGGGCGGCAUUGCCAGGGUUGGACGUGCUCAUUUAUUUGAAAAUCACUGGGCUGCUAUUUCCAACUUCCGACUUCUGGCAUCCAGUGGUGACCCCUGCCCUCGUGUGCCUCAGUCAGCUGCUCACCAAGUGCCCCAUCCUGUCCCUCCAGGACGUGGUGAAGGGCCUGUUCGUGUGCUGCCUGUUCCUGGAGUAUGUGGCUUUGUCCCAGAGGUUUAUACCUGAGCUUAUUAAUUUUCUUCUUGGGAUUCUUUACAUAGCAACUCCAAACAAAGCAAGCCAAGGUUCCACUCUGGUGCACCCUUUCAGAGCGCUUGGGAAGAACUCGGAACUGCUCGUGGUGUCUGCUAGAGAGGAUGUGGCCACGUGGCAGCAGAGCAGCCUCUCCCUCCGCUGGGCGAGUAGACUGAGGGCCCCAACUUCGACAGAGGCCAAUCACAUCCGACUGUCCUGCCUGGCUGUGGGCCUGGCCCUGCUGAAGCGCUGCGUGCUCAUGUACGGGUCCCUGCCAUCCUUCCAUGCCAUCACGGGGCCUCUCCGAGCCCUCCUCACGGAUCACCUGGCGGACUGCAGCCACCCGCAGGAGCUCCAGGAGCUGUGUCAGAGCACACUGACCGAAAUGGAAAGCCAGAAGCAGCUCUGCCGGCCGCUGACCUGUGAGAAGAGCAAGCCUGUCCCACUGAAGCUUUUCACACCCCGGCUGGUCAAAGUCCUCGAGUUUGGAAGAAAACAAGGCAGUAGUAAGGAGGAACAGGAAAGGAAGAGGCUGAUCCACAAACACAAGCGUGAAUUUAAAGGGGCCGUUCGAGAAAUCCGCAAGGACAAUCAGUUCCUGGCGAGGAUGCAACUCUCAGAAAUCAUGGAACGGGAUGCGGAAAGAAAGCGGAAAGUAAAGCAGCUUUUUAACAGCCUGGCUACACAGGAAGGCGAAUGGAAGGCUCUGAAGAGGAAAAAGUUCAAAAAAUAAAUUACAUUUUAUAAAUAAGCCUCCAGCUCCCCCCGCCCGCUGCCUGCGGUUUUGUUUCUGUUAAAACAUCACCUGAUGAAAUAGAAUGAAUCCUGAAAUGCACCUCUGGGAUCGGGAAUGGUCUGUGUGUUGUCAGCUGCGACUGGUUCACUGCGUCUGGACAAGCCUCAUGGGGACUGGGGAUUCUGGCCAGUGUAAUUUCUGUCAACCACGGACGUUUGCCUUCAUGUGUAGAAUUUACUGUUGUUAUGCAAAUUAUAUUUUCAAUUAUAAAUGAAA